AUGGGGGUGCCCAAGAAGAAGUCGGGGGGCAAGAAGAAGCCCGCCCGGGCGCCGCAGCAGCUGACGGCCGAGGAGCACUACGAGAAUGCGGAGAUGGCCUUCGCAAUGGAGAACUUGGACCUGGCACGCACCAGCUUCAAGCGCGCGCUGGAGUUGGAGCCUGAGAAUGUGGAGUACCUGGAGGGCUACGGCUCCUUCCUGGCCGAGGUGGGGCCCCGCUCCGAGGCGCUGGCGGUGCUGCAGAAGGCGGCGCAGCUGCUGCCAGACGAGGGCUUCGAGAAGUACAUGUACCUGGGCCAGCUGCAGGAGGGGCCCGAGGCGGAGCAGUGCGUGCGCAAGGGCAUCUCUAUCCUGAGGGGACACAUCCAGCAGCACGCCGCGCCGCCGGCCCUGCACGCCGACCGCGCGCCCCGCCGCGCCCUGCGCCUGCCCCGCGCCGCCACCACCGGAGGCGCAGAGCCUGCGCCUGCGGAGCAGGAGGAGGAGGCGGCGGCGCUAGAGGAGCACAUGCAGGGCAUGCUUUCCUCUGCGCUCUGCUCCCUGGUGGAGGUGUUGAUGAACCAGGCACAGGAAAAGGGGGCGGCAGGCCUGGCGGCUGUGGAGGGCGAGUGCCAGGAGCUCCUGGGCGAGGCGCGCGGGCUGGCGCCCACCAGCCCCGAGCCGCUGCAGGCGCUGGCCAGCCUGCGGCAGCAGCAGGGCAAGGAGGAGGAGGCUCUGUCUCUGCUGCGCCAGUCGCUGGCGCUGUGGUUCAAGCCCUCCCCUCCCGACGAUUCCGAGGAGGAGGAGGAGGAGGGCGAGGCGGCGGCGGGCAACGGCAAGCCUGCAGAGAAGGCUGCAGAGGGCGCCGCUGCCGGCAGCAAGGAGCGGGAGCAGCAGUCGAGCGCCGGCGAGGAGGGCAGCGGCGGCGAGGAGGAGGAGGGGGAGGGGCAGGGCAGCGAGAUGGACCUGGAGGAGAGCUUCAGCGAUGUGCUGGAGCAGCUGCUUGACGAGAAUGAUUCCGAUCCCAAUGUGUGGCUGCUGCUGGCGCUGUGCUGCCAAAGCGGCGGCGACCUGGAGGGCGCGCUGGGCGCAGCUGAGGAGGGCAUCUCGCUGUGCCGGAAGAUGAAGCUGGCGCCGGACGAUGAGACACUGGCUGGCUUCGAGGCCAUGCAGGCCGAGCUGCAGGCGAUGCAGGAGGGGCAGAUCAAGACUCAGAAGGCCGCCGAGGCCGGCAAGGGCGGCGCCGCCGCCGAGGCCAAGUGA